AUGCAGUACCAUCCACAUCGAACAAUGGCUCGGUCGGAUGUCGAGACACUCAUUCGAAUGGAAAAUUUCAAAGAAAAUUUGAAAUUUAUUGCACAAGCCAAUACUGCUGAAAGAAACUCUUUUACACUAGGUUUGAAUGCAUUUACUGAUUGGACAGCUGAUGAGAUUGAUCACCAUACUGGACUGCUGCCCGAGAAGAAUGUCGACAAGGUUUCUUCACGGUCCGGUUUCGAUCCCAUUCCCGAUACCGAACAGUAUUUCCCGUUGAAUAAUGACAAAUACGAUUCAUGGGAUUGGACGAGACAUUACGUCGUUUCGCGAGCGAAAAAUCAAGGUCGAUGUGGAAGCUGCUAUGCGUUUGCAUUUGUUGGAAUGCUCGAAGCAAACUAUGCCAUUCGACAUGGUACAAAACAAGACAUUAGCGAACAGCAGUUUGUCGAUUGUUCAGCACUGUUCGGCUGUCGUGGAGGAAAUUUUGUUCCAUGUUUUAAUUACAUGAAAUCAAAAUAUUGGUAUACACAAUUGACCCGGCAUUAUCCGUAUACAGCCGUUGCCCAACUAUGUCCGACAUCUCAUCCGAUGGGAAUCAAUCUCGGCGAAAAGCUAUACAAACGUGUGCCGACCAAUGAUGAAGAAGCGAUGAAAAUACUUUUGCGUAAGUAUGGACCAAUUUAUAUUUCAUUCAAUGUUGGCAAUCGAGCAAAUGAAUCGUUACUUCUUACGAAUAUUUCUAUGAAAUUCAAUGCGUAUUCUGCUGGUAUAUUCGAUGUGCCGGGGUGCAGUGAGCAACCACGACAAAAUCAUGCUAUGCUUCUAGUUGGAUAUGGUCAUGAUCCGACAACAGGACUCGAUUAUUGGAAAGUGAAGAACUCAUGGGGACAAACAUGGGGUGAGAAUGGUCUUAUUCGGAUAAGACGAGGAGUGAAUAUGUGUGGCAUUGCUUCCGAUGCCUACUACAUUGGAUCGCAUCCUUAG